AUGGGCUACGGCACUCUUGACAACGGCGACUGGCUCAUGGUCGGCAUGAGCAUCUUCAGCAAAGAUCGCUCCGUUGAGCUCCGUAUGCAAGACGACGGUAAGCUCGCCAUUUACUACAACAAUCGCUGCGCUUGGCAGAGCACCGACCAGCAGGUCGGCAACGCAAAGGGUGCCGUUAUGCAAGGUGACGGUAAUUUCUGUAUCUAUGACAAGAAUGGUAAAUCCACUUGGCAUACCAACACUGCUGCCCUAAGCGGCGACAACAAGACAUUCGUUGCUGUCCAGGAUGAUGGAAACCUCGUUUUGUACAAGAACGGUGGCGCUACUUCAAUCUGGUCGUCCAAGAGCAACAAGUAA